ACGUGCCACGGAUUGAUCCGUUAACACAGUUCUAAGAUUUUUGCUUCACUCGUUACUUGGUCACACGAUGGAUCGGAUCGCACGGUUCCUGGUUUGCUGCGCGGUUAUUUUCACGGUACCGCUCUGCAGUGGGAUUAAUAUCCUAUGUCUGAUGGGCGUUCCCAGUCCCAGCCAUCACAUCUGGAAUCGGGUGCUGAUGGAAGCGCUGGCAGCAAAAGGAUACAAUUUAACGAUUGUGUCACCGGAUAUCGAAACAACCGGGAAACCAAACUUGACGUAUAUUCACUUGGAAGAAACGUACCACACGAUUCACGACGGUGAUACGGCGAUCGAUUUCUACGAGCUGGCCCAGGAAAACCUGGUACAGAGUAUGGUCACCUUCUACCAAUAUGGAUUCUCCUUGUGCGAAGGAGUGCUGAAGUCGAAAGGAUUGGACGUUAUUCUGAAUUAUCCCGAUAGUUUCAAAUUCGAUUUAGUGUUAUACGAUUUUACGUGUGGCCCUUGUUUGAUGGGAUUGUACCAUAAAUUCGGUCAACCUCCGUUGAUUGGUGCUACUGCGUUCAAUAUCCCUCCGUACAGUGUCGAUUUUAUAGGAGGACAUAAAUAUCCUGCCUAUAUUCCGUACUACAUAUUGCCGUAUGAUGUGGAUAUGACAUUCUUUCAACGGUUGGAGAAUGCAUUCAUCUACACAGUAGAUCACAUCUACCGUAAUUAUCACGUCAUUCCAACGACUGAUCGAAUGCUUCGACGCGUUCCAGCGUUUAAAAAUAUGCCGUAUAUCGGAGAUAUGGACAGAAAAAUGAUGUUGAUGUUGGUAAAUUCACAUCAUGCAGUAGAUUUCCCCGAACCGGUUCCUCAGAAUAUGAUCCUGGUAGGAGGCCUUCAGAUUAUACCUCCCAAAGCAAUACCACCGAAGAUCGAGAAAUUUAUGCAACUCGGUAAAAAGGGAGCAAUUCUGUUCUCGCUAGGAACCAACAUUCUGAGCGCAGACUUGGGAGAGGAUCGUAUUCAUGCGUUCUUAGAUGCGUUCAGGCAGAUCCCCGAGUAUAACUUUCUGUGGAAAUUCGAAGCCGAUCCGUCCAAAUAUGAUGUCCCCAGCAAUGUUUUGAUACAAAAGUUUUUACCUCAAAACGAUAUCCUAGCACAUUCAAGUACCAAGCUGUUCAUCACUCAUGCUGGACUGUUGAGUACCCAUGAGGCAACCUGGCAUGGAGUUCCGAUGAUUGGUAUACCGUUCAUCGCAGAUCAGUAUCGGAACCUCGAGAAAUCCUUGCGUGCUGGCGUAGCGGAAAGACUGAUUGUCUGGACAAUCACAAAGGAUAAAAUCGUUCAAACCAUUCGUAAGGUACUGGACGAUCCAACGUACCGAAAAAACAUGCAGGAGCGAUCCGCCCUGUUCCAGGAUCAACCAGAUUCGCCGCUGGAUCGUGCACUCUGGUGGAUCGAUUGGUCACUACGGCAUCCGGAUGCGGAGACUAUUCGUUCGCCAACGGUACGCUUGGGACAGUUCAGAAGCGAACUUUACGAUAUCCUACUGUUUGUGGUGACUGUUGCCGUGGGCUUAAUACUGCUGUUGAGAAAACUAUAUCGAGUCGUUGUGUUCGAUCGAAAAAGCGUUAACAAAAAGAAGAAACAGAAUUAAAAUGAAGUGGGACUCGAAAAAACCGGUUAGAGAACAUUCUUUCAUUUAAACAUCUCGAACAAGUAAAUAACAAA